AUGCUCACGGGAUACCUGAACCUUGCCGAGCCUGCACCCAGCCAGCGCACUUCGCCCUCCACCGACUCGUCGGUCUCCAGCAAGCUAUCGCCCUAUCGGCUGCCGGCGUUGCUUCGGCCCCUCUCGAUCUUUCGCCGGCCCCGCCCUCCAUGGCCACCAAAGCCCGCCGACAACGAGCUGGCCCAUAAGCUGGGCCGCAACACCUCCGGCACCGUCUCGUCAAAGUCCAUCCACUGGGGCGAGGACUCCAUCGUCAUCGAGUCUGCCGACCCCAUCCGCUUGGGCCACUUGGCCCACAGCGACCCGCACGAAUCGGCGGUCGCUCCCUCGAUGCUGCCUGGUCCGCAUCACAACGGCUCGGCCGUGAUGCUCUCCGAUUCCCACUCGAUCCAUGUUCGCCCCAUCUCAACCUUGUCCUUCAAUUCGCCUGCUCGGUCCUCGUCGUCGGCCCACAGCAUCAUCCUGAUCAAGGACGACCCCGACAACCAGAGCUCUCGGUCCUUUGAGAUGGCCACCCGCCACUCGCUGGAUGGCGGGCACGAUGCCGGAGACACCUCCAUCAGUAGGUCCAAAGCCCUGUCGGUUCGGUCCUCGGCCACCUCGAUCGCCAACCAGAGCAUCGUCACCAUCACAACCGCCCACAACAACCGCCCCUCCGAUGCCCUCAGCACACGGGCCAUCUUUGCACCAUCCAUUCGGCGAAACUCGCUGAGAUUCGGGACCGCCGGCAGCGUCAGCACCGUCCACCAUCUCAUCACCACCAAUCCCAACACCCCCGUCUCUGCCGUUUCGCCCAUGAGCACGGGCGAUCGAGCGCUGCAGUAUCCCGACGGUGUCUCCGUAAUGACAGCCAUUUCGUUCGGAGAGGCAAGUCUCGAUACCAUGAGCAUCUACAGCUAG